CAGCUUAUUCUCAGACCUGCGAAACUUGUCUGGGACCACCCUAAUGAAUCUCCUGGCGGCCCUCUUUAUGUCUCAAUUGCUCUACGUCGUAGGGGUAGGAGGAGUGCCUGAUUCGGAACUAUGCAUCGGCCUGGCAUUCGCUCUUCAGUAUGCGCGGCUGAGCAUUUUCUGCUGGAUGCUGCUGAUGACCCACAACAUGCACCACCAGUUCAAGACCGGCCUGCACUUAGUGCCCAUUACCGACAAUCACAUUACCAGGAACUUUCUCAAAUACUCCCUGUUCGGAUGGGGUGUGCCGCUUAUUCUUCUCGGUGCCAGCAUCCUGAUCCAGUAUCACGAUAAGGCGGGAAAACUUCUAGACACAGCGUCCAUGAAGGGCCAGAAUUGCUGGUUCCUAGAGAGGAAUGCUUUCAUUUACGGCCUGUUGGCACCAAGUUGCAUCAUAGUUGUGAGCACAUUCUACUACCUUGUGUGUUCGGGCCUUCUAGCGAGCUACAUUAUCAGUAUGCAAGCGGAUAUUCGCACUAGAGAGAAAAUGCGGAAGAAGCGGGCACUUCAGAUACUACUUUUCUCGAAGCUAACGAUCGUCCUGAGCAUCGUCCUCGUCCUCGCAGCUGUUACCAAGCUCUCCCACCAAUCGCAGCCGGUCUGGGCGAUCUACCACGCGGCGCAGGGCCUGCAGGGCGUCCUGGUCGCCAUGCUGGUCACGUGCAACUGCCAGGUGCUGAAGCUGUACACGCGCAGCAUCAAGUCACGUGCUUCGAAGCGCGUGCCCAGCUACGUGUCGGGCGGUCGGUCGAGCGGCUGUAUUGCUCCCAAUAAACUGACUUCGAAACUAGUUGCUCAAUUAGGCGGCAACAUCUGCCUGCCCCGGCACCCCAUUCCGGAGAAUUCCUUGAACCUUGGACCCUUCGCCCUCAUAUUCUCCCCAAGGAAUAUAUUACUCACGGGGCAAUAA